AUCCCAUUAUUGUCGCUGACCUUUCUACUGAUCUGCCCUUCCCUUCACUUACAAAGACAAGUUCGUCCAGUACUCCGCUCUUGUUUUAUAAAGAAGAGAGAACAAGCACCGCUAGCUGCCUUUGCUGAUUGAUUCCACUUCCAAAUGGGUCGGUCGCCAUGCUGUGACAAGGUUGGCUUGAAGAAAGGGCCAUGGACGCCUGAGGAAGAUCAAAAGCUCUUAGCUUAUAUCGAAGAACAUGGCCACGGAAGCUGGCGUGCCUUGCCGGCUAAAGCUGGGCUGCAGAGAUGUGGGAAGAGCUGCAGACUGAGAUGGACCAAUUAUCUUAGACCUGAUAUUAAGAGAGGAAAGUUCAGUUUACAAGAAGAGCAAACUAUCAUUCAACUCCAUGCCCUCCUAGGGAACAGGUGGUCGGCAAUAGCUACUCACUUGCCAAAGCGAACGGACAAUGAGAUCAAGAACUACUGGAAUACGCAUCUUAAGAAAAGGUUAGCCAAAAUGGGGAUUGACCCUGUUACCCACAAGCCCAAGAAUGAUGCAUUACUCUCUAGCGACGGUCAAUCCAAGAAUGCAGCCAACCUUAGCCAUAUGGCUCAGUGGGAGAGUGCUCGGCUCGAAGCCGAAGCAAGAUUGGUUAGAGAGUCAAAGCUUCGUUCACAUUCAUUCCAACAUCUGUUAGGCACUCCAGUAGUACCUUUGCCUCCAAGAUCUCUGGGUGUAACUAAAGUAGGCUGGAAUAAUGGUGAAUGGUCUAACGCAACAGAGGGUAAUGGCGGUAGUACUGUUCCUGCAGGUACAGGAAUUGGAAGCCAUGACCUCGAGUCUCCUACAUCAACACUUACAUAUUCAGAAAAUACGCCGCCAGUUAUGACGACUGCUGGAAUUGGGGAGACUUCAAUGCCUCUGAUCGAGUUUGUUGGCACUACUUCAGGUUCUUCCGAAACCGGAAUUGUCAAAGACGAAGGGGAACAAGAUUGGAAACCCUUUGAAAACUCCACCCAUUGGUCAGAAUACAAAGAAGGCAUGGAGAACUCAUUGUCUUUUACAUCUAAUCUUCAUGACAUUUCAAUGUCCAUGGAAGGCACAUGGACUAGUCCAGAAUCUUUGAGGACAAGUCGUGGACAUGUUCAUUUUGGAAACUUCAUGGGAGAUCAGGAAGGAUUCACUAAUCUUUUGCUUAAUAAUUCCGAUGAUCAUCAGGGUUUAUCGGAUGGAGGGGAUGAUUCUGAAAACGGUAGCGGCAGUGGCAGUGACUACUACGAAGAUAACAAGAAUUACUGGAACAGCAUUCUUAAUUUGGUCAAUUCUUCCCCCUCUGAUUCCCCAUUGUUCUAAAGCUUUACAAAAAAGUCCUAGCUAGUCAUCGCCAUAAAGUCAUGAAGUGGAACUUACCCACACACGUGCACCACCCUCCUCAAGCCAAACCAAGAGCUGUACGUUGAUUUGUUUCUAAUUAAUGUUGUUUUGAAGCGGCGUCUCAUAAAGAAAUGGUAUUGCCGAAAAGCUUCAAAAUAUAGAGAGCAUAACGUUAAAAGUUUGGGCAUGCCCUCCAUGCCCUCUAGUUCAGCCACUUCUACUCUUUCGAGUCAACUCGACCAGAAUCUACGUUUCCUUUUGUUCGUCUUUUAGCUUUGCAUUUCCUUCGGAUCUAAGCUCUAAAGGGUUGGGGAUGCUAAUUGUGGGACCUGUGGCAGUAAGGCAGUACUGAUUCUGGAUGGUCUCUGAGCUGAAUGACACCCAUAUGGCCAUAUAUAUCUUCUUCUUCUUCUUCUUUAUGUAAAAAGUUAUGUAAGGACUUGUCCAAUAAGAGAUCACGUAUUUAUGACCGA